UGAAAGCUGGAUGUGGGUAAGUCCGACUGUUCUCGAUUUAGUGACUGAACUUGUUUUCUGUCUUUUAUAAAUUUCGAACAAUGCCUGAAAUAAUUGGGUGCUUGAAUUGAUGUUGAUUUGGGAGAAAAAGGAUUCCUGUUUUGCUGUGUGUGUUUCUGAGUGCUUCUGUAAUUGCUUUCUAUAUUCCAUUUUGUUGUUUUAUUUUUCUCUGAUUUUAUGUAAGAUUUCUGGGAUAGUUUUGAGUUUGAUUUUCUGAUUAUUUGUUGUGAGCGGCUGAUGGUUGUAUGGAGUUUGUUUCUAUUUUAGAAAUCUUAUGAAUUUCUGUCCAUGGAGGUUUGGUAUGGUUUAUGGCAAUGCAGGAGACAAACUUCUGGCGUGUGUAUGUGUGUAUAAUAAGAAGAGAAAUAGGUAUUGAACAGAAGAUAAUCUGGAUGUUGUUCAAUUUUGGCCUUGAAAUGUCUGGUUUGGCCGCUGAAGCGAGAAUGUGAGCAAUCGAGAUAUGAGGAGGACAGAGUGAGGGAUUGCUUGUCCCAGAAGAGAAGCAGUUUUUUGUUUCUGUGCUUUCUUUUAUUGUGUUUUUUGUGAACUUGUACUUGAUGUAUUUAUAGGUGUUGCAGAAGUGCUAGAUAAGGAGAGAACCCUUUUCUCUUUCUCUUGCUUUUUCUCUGUAAUAAUUUAUGCCUCUGAAUCCUUCAUUUCUCAAUUGCUUUCCUCUUUUCCGAAUCAAGCACACAUGAGGAUAUUGCAAAGCUUGAGGGUCAGCCUUUUCCAAUCUAAUACGUCCUCCCAGUCUUGCACAAUAUGCUGUCCAAAGAACCUAUUUGGCCCCUUCAAUUCAUUCACACAAAAGAGGUGGAAAAAGCCAGUAGUCUCAGCUCAAACUCAGUUAGAAGACAGAACGAGGGAUAACAGAUUGGACAAACUCACGACCCAGCUUAGAAAGCUCAACAUUAUCCUCAAACUCCAUGAUCUCAUGUCCCAGAGGAAGCGCGGUCCUUUUGUUUCUUUACAGAUCAUGGCCCAGUGGAGGAACUUGGUGGGGCUCAAUGUUGGCAUCGGUGCCUUUGUUCACCACUACCCACAUGUUUUCGAAGUAUUUACACACUCAGUGAGGCACAAUUUAUGCUGUAGAAUCACUGAGAAAAUGUGGUGUUUGAUAAAGGAAGAAGCACUUGCUAUGAGACAAUACGAAUUGGAAAUAGUUUGUCAUGUGAAGAGGUUGUUGAUGAUGUCUGUCAAUGGAACUCUUCAUGUACAUGCUUUGAGAUUGGUUAGGAGAGAACUGGGUCUGCCUGAGAAUUUCAGGGACUCCAUUCUUGGUAAGUAUUCAAAUGACUUUAAGUUAGUGGAUUUGGAGAUUGUAGCAUUGGUUGACAGAGAUGAGAACUUGGGUUUGGCUGAAAUUGAGAAAUGGAGAGAGAAAGAGUAUAGAGAGAAGUGGUUAAGUGAGUUUGACACAAAAUAUGCUUUCCCUAUUAAUUUCCCUACAGGGUUUCAAAUUGAGAGGGGUUCUAGAGUUAGAUUGAAGAAUUGGCAGAGGCUCCCUUACGUAAAACCUUAUGAGACAAAAGAAGUUGUUCGUAUUCGUACUUGCGGUGGGGUUGAAAGGUACGAGAAGCGGGCAGUUGGGAUUCUUCAUGAGUUUUUGAGUUUGACAGUAGAAAAAAUGGUUGAGGUUGAAAGAUUAGCUCAUUUUCGGAGGGAUUUUGCAAUGGAAGUUAAUGUGCGUGAGCUGCUUUUGAAGCACCCUGGAAUAUUUUACAUAUCCACUAAAGGGAAUAUUCAAACAGUUUUUCUUAGAGAAGCAUAUAAUAAGGGGUCUUUGGUUGAGUCCAAUCCGAUAUAUGAAGUUCGGAGGAAAAUGCUGGACCUUAUAUUGUUAGGGCGUCAAAACACAAGAGAAUUGCAUGCUACAAAGAAAAUUGAUGACAAUGUAGUUUGCGAAGUAAAGGAGGAUGGCAAGAGAGAUGGAGUCUGGGUUAUCCAAAUGUUAGAGAGUUUGAAUGGUGGAAGUCCUAAUGAUGAAUUAGGCAAGACUGUUGUUUCACCUGAGGAACAGUUUGAUGACUUUUAUGAGAACAGUACUGAAAAUGACAAAUGCACCAUCAAGGGAUGAUCCAAAUUAACGUUAUGAUGGUGGAGACUUUUUUCUUCCAUAAUGUGGGACUUCUUCAAUUACUCAGAUUGAAGCUCUCAUCACUUAUUGACAGUGUUGUAAGUCACAUGAUCCUCCUUCUCUUGACAUAUAAGUUUUUAUUUUAGAAUCUUUAGAUGUACGUAACUUCCUGUAGAAAGGAUCUGUUGUUAGCUAAAGGAAUAUCAAUUUGGCAGUAGAGAAGAACUCUGUGCUCUACAUGGCAUAUAACUUUUCUUUUCCUCAGUUUUUGAACUAGAACAUUUAGUAAUUGUGAAGAGAAGUCUUUCUUCUCUUUAUAUGUUCUUGAUUUCAGCCAUACUACCCACAAGGUCUUUCAUCUGCUCUCUGAUGUCUAUGGAAGAGGAACAUGCAUUGAAGCUCCAAGAGGCGGUGUUCUUGGUUCGAGGGAUUCGCUAGAAUUUUAGGACCUCAUGGCUUGUCUUUAAAUAUUGAUUUAUGUAUCAACCACCAUGAUCAUUCAGCCUAGGCGAGUGUUGUAUCUAUCAAUUUGCUGCUGCAUGCUUUCCCUUUCUCAUAUUCUCUUCAUGCAAGGUUACCCUUGUUUUCUUUUUUCUGUUUCUGCAUUCUAUAAUUCAGUCUCUUCAAAAUUACAUAUAUGUGUAUAUAUAUAUAUAUAUAUAUAUGCACACACACACACACACACACACACACACACACAUACACAUAUAAUAUAUCUAUAUAGCAAGUAGUGUAUGUGACAUUAGAGAUAGAGAGCAGCCAACAGAGAAUGUCAAGGGCUUGUUUGUCUGGUAGUUCAUAAUCAUGGUGGUGGCCGUCCCCUGCAAGGAAGGAGCAGCCAACAGAGAAUGUUGAGGGCUUGUUUGUAUGGUAGCUCAUAAUCAUGGUGGUGGCCGUCCCCGGCAAGGAAGACUUAUAGAUGGAGAAAUCUGACUGGAAAGGAAAAGAAGAGGCACCACCACCGAUGUGGGAUAUGGAGGGAAAUGAUCGGGAGGAGGAAAAGCCAUUGCAAGUAGUUGCAGUCUUGCAGAUCAGCAAAAGAAGGAAGAGGAAAAUGAAUGGAACGAAGAAUGGGUUUUAAGAGGUGGUGAUGAGAAUGUGGAAAGGAGGAGUACAUGAAGAUUCAGAGUGAAGGAUCCAAAAGAAGCUACAAAAGUCAAAAGGCUAAUGGAAUCAGAUCAGUGGGGCUCGACAUCCUGCCACCAGGUUCAGGUUCUUAUACAUUUAUAUACGUAUCUGGACUGUGUACACAUACAUAUAACUACGUGUAUACGUACAUGUACAUAUAUGCAUGCUUCCUUUCGUAUAUAUUUCAUGCGGCAAUGACCGUACACGUGGAAUUUUAUUAGACCUGAUCGCAUGACACGAAGUACAUAGUUUUUCUUUUGUUAAAAUUUUCUUUUAUUCUUA